AUGAAGGUUGUCGGUUUCUGGCCCGCCGAGUCAAAAACCGAGAAACGAUUAUUGAACGGAAUUUUGAGUUAUACAAUAUGUAUGUGUAGUACAGCUUUGUAUGUGGAAGUAACUGAAGUAUAUCUAGGUAAAGGUGAUUUUUAUGCCCUUACGUACACUGCCUGCAGCUCUAUGCCGGUAGUUAUAAUAAUGCUGAAAAUAAUUUUCUUCCUUCGUUAUCGAAAAGAACUAAUGAAUAUGUUAAAAUAUACAGAGGAUAAUUUUUGGUUCGCUCAAUAUGACGAGUACGGCAGGAAGAUUUUGGAAAAGAUUAAUAAAAAGGGUCUAAUAUUAAUGUGCACGUUUACAUUCUUCGUUCAAGGAACUGUUUGCACCUAUAUGCUGACUCCCAUACUCGAAAAUAUAGGAAAAAAUGAAAGCGACAGAAUUCUUCCUUUUAAUGUCUGGAUUGGAAUUCCGACAACCGUUUCGCCUAACUUUGAAAUAAUAUUUACUAUCGAGAUUUCAGCGCUCGUUCAUUGUGGUAUAUGCUUCUGCUGUUUCGAUAAUCUUUUGGGUCUAAUAAAUUUGCACACUGCUGGUCAGUUCAAAAUUCUGCAACACCGAUUGAAAACUAUCCUCAAGAAAGUCGAACAGACUGAUACCAUAAGGUCACUUGACGAGAAGCAGAAGCAGAAAGUAUACGAAAAGCUCAAAGAAUGCGUUAUAUUGCACCACAAAUUGAUCUGGUACAGCGAAAAAAUGGAACAAAUUUUCAUGUACCCGACUCUUUGCCAGCUGUUAGUAUCCGGUGUCAUGCUUUGCGUUGCGGGCUUUCAGGUGUUUUUGGGUCAAGGUACUCUCGUUAGACGACUGAUAUUCAUCGCUCAUACAAACGGUUGCUUCAUCCAACUUUUCGUGGUCACGCUGACGGCGACAGAUUUAAUGAAUGAGAGUCGUGCUGUCGGAGACGCGGCGUAUAACACCAAUUGGCAGGUUCUAUCCUACGAGGAGAACAGGGGAAUCAGGAAAGCCAUUUUGAUGAUCAUGACGCGAUCCGUACGUGCUUGUUCCAUAUCCGCUGGCGGUUUCUUCCCGGUCUCACUCGAGACGUUUAUGGCGCGGCGUAAGAAAAUCACGAGGUUCGGUAUGACGAGAAGUAAGGAGUACCGAUCAGUGAAUAUUACCCGGCUCUUUAUGAAAGUAGUCGGACUCUGGUAUGUCGAGACACCGAAAGAAAGACUGUUCUUGCGUGUUGCGUUCGGCUAUGCUGUUUGGGCGAUCGUCUUCGCCAUUCUUGUCGAGGGCGUUGAUCUGUAUCACUGCAUAGGUGACUUUUACGCUGUCACAUCCAACUUGUGUGCAACAUUGCUCUUGAUAAUGGUACUAGUGAAGCUAGGUAGCUUCAUGUUUUAUCGUGAUAUGAUAAUGGACUUGAUUCAGUUUGCUGAGAAGAAUUUUUGGGGUGUCACUUACGACAAGUCUGACACUCAAAUUCUAGAAGGAUAUGACAAACUAGGGAUGACUAUGAUCUACACUUUUACAUUUAUCGUUUACGUUGCAACUUUUAAUUACAUCUUCGCACCUUUCUUUGAGCCUCGAGAAAAGAAUGAAACGGAGAAGAUUCUACCUUUCAAACUAUGGAUCGACUUUCCAUAUCACUCACCGUACUAUGAAAUUACUUACAUUAUACAGUCACUUUCGACGAUGCAUUCGGGUAUAUGUACUUUUUGCUUUGACAAUUUUGUGAGUACGUUCAACAUUCACGCGGCUGCGCAGCUGAAAAUUUUGGCUCACAAAGUGGAAGUCAUUGCUGAACAUUGUAUCGAAGAUAUGAUCGAUCAGAAAUGUCCGUUGGCAACGGAUGUUGCGAUUCUGACGUUCAAGAAAUUGCGAGACUGUGUGAAGCAGCACCUCACCCUCAUAUGUUACGUGCGUAACAUGCAACGCGUGUUCGCCAUUAUAUUACUCGGACAGUUGCUGCUCUCCAGUAUAGUCAUCUGCUUCGGUGGAUUUCAGUUUCUCGCGACGGACGUGAUUAUCAGAAAGUGUAUUUUUGCCUUUCAUUUCGUGGGUGGUCUUAUCCAGCUGCUUAUUUAUACAUGGACGUGUAAUGAUAUAAUUGUGCAAAGUACAGCUAUCUCUGAUGCAGCUUAUAAUUCUAAGUGGUAUCUUUUACCAAAUAAUGAUCUAGGAAGGACAGUGAAAAGAGGGUUAAUUACGGUCAUGAUUAGAGCACGUCGGCCAUGCAUAUUAACCGCUGGAAAUUUCGCAGUUAUGUCUUUGGACACUUUUAUGGGGAUAUUAAGUACAGCGAUGUCGUAUUUUACGUUAUUACGACAAAUGAGUGAAGAUAAUGUAUAG